GUCUUACGUUGGCACCAUCUAGUGGAAAUAUUAGGAAUGACGGUAGACAGCAGUGCACGCUGUGUAGUGAAAUGUUAGUGACAUUACAUAUAGAUUACAUAAACUUUCACUAGGGUCGUCUAAUUUUUUACCAAAGACCAGCAGCUUAAGUGGGAAACACACUAGCACCUUCCCUCCACAGAGGGAGCAAGACAAGCACACAUGCGGCACUCCAUGCAGACUUUUGAUGUCAUGAGUGCCAACUGCACACACCACACUAACUGGUUCACUGAUGCUGAAUCCACUUCUCUCCCAGUCUUUAUGCUCUCCACCCUGUUUGCAGAGUGGAGACAGCCAUGACAAUCACCUGGCUGCAGAGGGGGAAGGGCAGCACCUCACAACACUCCGCAAGACACACAGCUCUAGUCAGAUGCUGUGCCGAAUUCUGCAUGCCUGGCAAUAAUUGCAUGCACCUCGCGGGAGGUAACGCUCAUUUAUGCUGAGAAAAGAGGCGGAUGUAAAUCUCGGCAGGUAGCCUCCAUCAUUUGUUCUGCCGAAUUAUGAAUCCACUUCUUAAGGUCCUUUUCAGACACUUGUUGUAUACAUCAAACGCGGUUAUCACUAUGUAUUUUUGUUGAAUCUCAAGGAAUGCUACUUCUACUUAAAUGUAGUAAAAUAUUAAAGACUUCAUAAAAUAUGUACUUCGAAUCAUUUAUCACCAUUAUUGAACCCAACAGAGACUAUUAGCUUUGCCUAAUGUCAGAUUACGCUCUAGUUAUCAGGUUACUCUGUGUGAACUUUGUAACUAGAGAGUAAUCUGAUUACUCUGUUUCACGCUGUGUAACCUGAUAGUUACAGUACUCCUAUUAUACAGAGGAAUCUGAUUACUUCGUUUCACACUGUUUAACCUGUUCACUAGAGAGUAAUCUGAUUACUUUGUUUCACACAGUGUAACCUGAUAACUAUAAUGUCCGUUUUGCCAGCAAACACCGUGAAAAAGUGAAAUGACUUAAUUCCAAACACAUUCCCUGUCAGUAUGAAAUAUAAACACAAAAUAUUAUAUGUUCAAAAUUAUAUAUAAGCACAUACCAUGUGCGCCUUCUGCACAGAAAUUUCGGAGCUAUUAAAAUCACUGAUUCUCUUCUACACACAAACUCUUUUCUUGUGUAGCUUCUGAUGGCAGUUUUACGAGAAAAUCUGUCUUCAUCUAUGGACCUAGGGCUUCGUUCAGUGUAAUUCACAAUUUAAACAGUAGGCGUCACUAUCACUCAAGACAAAUCAAAUUGCACUUGGCAAACAUAUGUUCAGCACACAAAUUCGCAGUAAGCAAGUCAUUCUCCGUGCAAAGCUGCACAUUUUUAAUGCGACAGCUGCACUCGCGCCCUUCCUCUGCUUCACAAUGUGGCUGUGGUAUUUGUUUCUGUGGCUUGAUGUAAAGGGAUUGCUGCUUCUUAGUUUUACUGUUCUCUUCCUAGUGUAUUCUCUGAACAAAAAGGAUCCCCCUAACUUUCCACCAGGACCACCGGCUCUCCCUCUUUUAGGAAACGUCUUCAGCAUUGAAUCUAAACAGCCUCACAUUUACCUGACCAAGCUAGCUGAUGUUUAUGGGAAUGUGUUCUGCAUACGCCUGGGGAGACACAAAACAGUAUUUGUGUCUGGAUGGAAGAUGGUGAAGGAAGCCAUAGUGACACAGGCUGACAACUUUGUGGACCGGCCUUAUAGCCCGAUGGUGACCAGGAUUUAUUCAGGGAACUCAGCGGGUCUUUUCUUCAGUAAUGGGAACGUGUGGCGGAGACAGCGGCGUUUUGCCAUGGCCACGUUACGUACUUUUGGCCUGGCCAAGAGCUCCAUGGAGCAGAGCAUCUGUGAAGAGAGUCGUCAUCUGCAAGAGUCGAUGGUGAAGGAGAAAGGUGAGCCGUUUGACCCUGUGCCCCUUUUAAACAAUGCUGUGGCCAACAUCAUCUGCCAGAUAGUGUUUGGGAAACGGUUUGACUACAGUGACCACAACUUCCAGAGCAUGCUGAAGAAUCUGACUGAGAUGGCCUAUCUGGAAGGCUCCAUAUGGGCUCUACUGUAUGAUGCCUUCCCAGCACUGAUGAAACACCUACCGGGGCCUCACAAUGGCAUCUUCAGCAACUCCAAAUGUUUGGAGGCAUCUAUCAGGGGAGAGAUAGAGAGGCACAAGUUGGAUCUGGAUCCAAGCAACCCACGAGAUUACAUCGACACCUUCCUGAUAGAGAAAAAUAAUAAAAACAGUGAACUGGGCUUUGAUGAUCGCAACCUGGUUUUGUGUUGUCUGGAUCUGUUCCUGGCUGGUAGUGAAACCACUUCAAAGACCCUGCAGUGGGGCCUCAUCUACCUCAUCAACAACCCUCAUAUCCAGGACAAAGUCCAGGCAGAGAUAGACAGAGUGAUCGGACAGACCCGCCAGCCCACUAUGGCCGACAGACCCAACCUGCCCUACACUGAUGCUGUCAUCCACGAGAUCCAGAGGAUGGGAAACAUUGUUCCUCUUAAUGGACUCAGAAUGGCCGCCAAGGACACGACACUGGGUGGUUACUUCAUACCCAAGGGAACCACAGUGAUGCCCAACCUGACAUCUGUGCUGUUUGACAAGAAUGAGUGGGAAACUCCUGACACCUUUCACCCUGAACACUUCCUGGAUGCUGAAGGAAAGUUUAUGAGGAGGGAUGCAUUUUUACCUUUCUCUGCAGGAAAGCGCGCAUGUCUGGGUGAAGGCCUGGCGAGAAUGGAGCUGUUCCUGUUUUUCGUCAGUUUGUUUCAGAAAUUUUAUUUUUCCACUCUGGAAGGAGUUGAGCUGAGUACAGAAGGAAUCACUGGAGCCACACGCACACCAUAUCCCUUUAAGAUCUAUGCCAAAGCCCGCUGAACCCUGCAACAUACCAUAGACUAUAUUGUUUGUUAUACAUGGUUUUCAUUUCAGUAUCCCUAUACCAUUCAAGUUUUUAAGCAGUUAGACAGCAAUAUAUCCCGUCAAUAACAUGAGAAAUACUGGACUAUGGUGGCACGAGGAGGUAAUGAAGAACUAUAGCAUGCGCUUUGUUUUGCCACAACACAAUCGCAUACUGUGUGAUGAAUUAUUGUUUUGACACUGUUACACGACCGCUAGGCAGCACCAAAACUCUUUCACCUGUUAAUGAAAAAUUCAACAAAUAUCUCAAUCAUGUCUAUUAUUUUCCCACUUGUCGCUUUCCAGUUAGACUAUUGCCCACUAUAAAAAAAAAAUGUCAUUACAGAAAGGCCA